CACACACACACACACACACACACACACAGCUGUUUUUGUGUGUUUCUGUGUGCUUGUCGCGGUCACCAUGGGGUCCAGGGCGUCCACGUUACUCCGAGAAGAGGAGAUCGAGGAGAUCAAGAAGGAGACUGGCUUCUCCCACAGUCAGAUCACACGCCUGUACAGCCGCUUCACCAGCCUGGAUAAAGGUGAAAACGGCACCCUGAGUCGAGAAGACUUCCAGAGGAUCCCGGAGCUGGCCAUCAAUCCUCUGGGAGACAGAAUCAUCAACGCGUUCUUUCCUGAGGGAGAGGACCAGGUGAACUUCAGGGGCUUCAUGCGGACCCUGGCUCACUUCAGACCGAUCGAGGACAACGAGAAGAACAAGAACGCCGCCGCCAGCGAGCCGCUCAACAGCAGGACAAACAAGCUGCUCUUUGCUUUCCGUCUGUAUGACCUGGACAGAGAUGACAAAAUCUCCCGGGAUGAGCUGCUGCAGGUCUUACGGAUGAUGGUUGGUGUAAACAUUUCAGAUGAACAGCUUGGCAGCAUCGCUGAUAGGACCAUACAGGAGGCCGACACAAAUGGAGACAACUCCAUUUCCUUUAACGAAUUCAUCAAGGUGUUGGAAAAGGUGGACGUGGAACAGAAAAUGAGCAUCCGGUUCCUGCACUAAGAAUUGCGUUUCUUUUAAAAAAAUGUUUGAGAAGAGCUUUCAACAUGUCAGUUGACGUCAGAACACAACUUCAUCCAGCUUCUCAGCGGGCUCCUGUGGUUCCCACUACAAGAGUACUAGCUGUCAGAACAAGCAUUAGGUAGAUGCCGUCAUAAAUCUUGAGUUUCUGCCUUUGCACCGCUCUGUAAACAAAGGGAAAAGUUGCGUGCCUUUUGGUUGUUAUAUGCAAUGUCACUUGGAUUUUUUUUUUCCCAGUAUUGGAAUAUUAUUUAUUAGAAAAGUUUUAGAGGGUCAAAGUUAGUACCACAUUUAAAGGAGAAUUGAUUUUCUAGCACGGUACGAUCAAACUUUUUGCUUUUAACUCCACUCAUGCCGUUCCAUGGAUAUUCAUCACGUGCUGUGUUUUUGUCUGUAUACAUAAUGAAGCGGUUCAAAGUGAGAUUUGUAAGACGUGCGAUUCCACUUGAGAACAGAAAGUAUUUCAAUACUAACGACAUCUCAUGACUCGUUUUCUUUUGACCCGAGGCAGAACAAGCCAGAGCAGCCAGAUGGGCAGGUUUGACCCUGGAAGCAAAGCAGGUCCAGCUCCACAGAUUUUUGUGUUUUUACUCACUGAAGUGCCAAAUGGUUCCACUUUGUAAGUUAUUAUCUGAACAGUAAACAGGAACCUAUGGCCAUGUUUGUUUGGGGUUGUGUUUUUUCCAUAUAGGUUAACCUAGCUACUGCCAAUAGAUUGUAAUUGCCUGUUAAACUACAACCAAAGUAUGACCCUCUUUAAAAAAACACUAAUUGUUGGAGCUACUGUUGAUUCAACAUGUGAACAAUGUGAUAUUUUUAGAGCUACUUACUCAUUUACAUUAAAACAUGUAGUGGUAACGAUGAAGAUGUCACACAGAAUACUGCUCCCUCUUCAGCUGGUAUGUGUGCACAUGUUCUGACAGGUAACCAUAGUGCUUUUGUAAAAUGGUGUCAUUAGGAUUUAGCUGCCACGUGGCCUCCUUUCAAAACAUUUUCCCCCUGAUUAAGUCUUAAUAGAACCCUGACUAACAGCGUCAGGCCCAGUGUGAGGAAAUCAGGCUGUUAGUUAGUUUGCAGGCUUUAAACCGGUAAACUCAAGAUGACCCGCUGUGCUUCUAUUUAUAUCAUCCCUGUUUAAUGAUUUAUGCACUGUUCAACUUUUGUCUUUCCACAUUUUCCCCCCGCUGACGCUAACGAGAAUCAAACACAUUGAAAAUGUAUUUUCUGUACAGGAUGGUGUACGUGAAUUAAGACCCCUUUAAUCUUUAAUGUGAGCUUGUUCAGUUAUUACAAAGGCACCCUCCAGCAGCAGCAGCAGGAAAUACAACUUUAUUAAUCAUGUGAUUAUCAAUCGGAUAUGAAUUACAUUAUGUGAUGUUGAUCUAAGAUGUUAUCAUAGUGAUUCAUGAAUUAGAUUUGAAUAAAUUAAGUGCCAUGCUGUGU